CCUUCAUAAAUUGACAAUGAACAAUAUAAUAAUAUAUAUAACUUUUAUUUGUUUUAUCGUAUUAUUGGAAAGUAUUUCUGGGAAAAAUUUCAAUUCAGACAAUGUAACAAUAACUAUUGACCAAGGAACAUUAUUGGGAAGGAAAUCAUUGGAUUUUAAAAACAAUACUUACUACAGCUUUGAAGGAAUUCCAUAUGCAAAAACACCAAAAGGAACUUUACGGUUUAAGGCACCUGAACCAGCAGAGCAAUGGACAGGAAUUUUAAAUGCAACAAACUGUACCAGAAUCUGUCCACAACAAUCUUAUGGGGAUGGUGUUGAUUGUAGUGAUGAGGAUUGCUUAUUAUUAAAUAUUUACUCAAAAAUGAAAAGUGAAUUGCAACCUGUUAUGGUUUACAUACAUGGUGGGGGGUUUAUAUUUGGUGGAAUGAAUUGUAAUUUUAAGUUAUCUUAUGGACCACAAUUUUUUGUUCAAAAGGAUGUAGUUUUAGUGGAAAUACAAUAUCGCCUUAAUAUUUUUGGAUUUCUUAGUUUAGAUGACCCAAAAUAUGGCAUAUCUGGUAAUGCUGGAUUAAAAGACCAGAUAAUGGCCUUAAAAUGGAUACAAAAAAAUAUAGCAGAUUUUGCUGGUGAUCCGAAUAGUGUAACAAUUUUUGGACAAAGUGCUGGUGGAUCUUCUGUUCAUUUAUUAUAUUUAUCUCCACUAGCCAAUGGAUUAUUUCAUAGAGCUAUAGCUCAAAGUGGUGCAGUAACUAAUCCUUGGGUGACAUCUCGAUAUAAAACACUUGAAUUGGCUGAUGUCUUAGAAUGCUCUAAUAAAUCAAUAGAUGAACUAGUAAAUUGUAUUAAUGGCACUAAAAUGAAUCAUUUAUUGUCUCGUGGCUUAGAUCGUUUAAGAGUUAAGAAUUCACAUGCGCAUCCUGGAAAUGGAAAAUUGGUUUAUUUUAAUAUAUUAACAAUUGAGCAAGACAAUCCAGAAUCAUUUAUCAGUCAAAAUCCGGAAUAUAUAGUAAAAAAAGGAGAAUUCAAUAAAGUACCAAUUAUUAUGGGUUUUAAUUCCCAUGAAGGAUAUGAGUUUGUACACUCUAACCCAGUAAAAGCUAACUUUACUGAUGCGAGAGAAUUAAUACCAAACGAUUUAAAGAUUGAUAUAAAUUCCAAUAAAGCUUUUAAGUUGGGCAAGCGCAUACAGGAAUUGUAUUAUGGAAAUUUAACACCAUCGUAUCAAAAUAUUGAUCCAUUCAUUCAUUUCUUAACGGAUUCAUUGUUUGUACAACAAAUAUACAAUUUUGCAAAACUUCAAGCCAAUAAAUAUGAACAUGUAUACUUCUAUCAUUUCGAUUAUUGGACUGACUUAAAUAAACAAGAUGGUUAUUUUAAUACCUCAAGAAUCCGAAAGCCUGUUUUUCACGCCGAUGAUCUAGGAUACAUGUUUUAUAGUUCAUUGAAGAACUAUAAACAAAAAGAUCCGAAUAUUGCCAUUGGAGUACAUCGUAUGGUAAAGCUAUGGACAACAUUUGCUAAAACUGGUAAUCCAAAUGUACAAAAUGAUCCAUUAUUAAAUGUUACUUGGCUACCAAUACAAACGAAUAAAUUUAAUUAUUUACAUAUAAAUCUAUCCCUUGAGUUGAAAGUGAAUCCAAUUGAAGAACGUAUGAAGUUUUGGGAAAACGUAUAUGCAGAAUAUAAUAAAUAG